GACACGUAUCCAUAUCUUAACUUAAGAAAAACAUCUUAAAUAAAAUAUGCAUCUUAGAUUAAUUUUGUUGGUUUGAUUAUUUUUAAUCAACUUUAAUUCUAAGAUUUGUCUAAGAUACUCAACAUUUCAACCGAUAUUCAUGCUCUUAGGUUAUACAGAUCAAGUGUAUAAAUCUAGUUUACCAAAAAAAAAUAAAAAAUGUGUAUAAAUCUAACAUCAAAGUUCACACUAAUUAAUGGAAACAUGUGCAACUAACGGCGUCUCGACAUUUGGCAAUAAAAAAAAAUUAUGAAAACAUGAAAAGAGACUUUGGUGUGUUGACUUCAAUGCAUCUGGUUCUUCUCCUUCUUCAUUUUCCUCCACAAUCAAGCUUUUUAUAACUCUUCAAUAUUCAUAAUUUCAACCAUAACCCAAAUGACGAAUUCUUCUCAGUCGCGAAAGCCUCAAGUGUUCAUUAGUUUCAGGGGUAAAGCUCAAAGAAAAACCUUAGUGAGCUUUAUAAAGUCAAAGUUAGAAGAGAUCAGCGAAAUCAAUGUUUUCAUGGACGAGUACGAGAUUAGAGGGAGGCCAAUCACAACACUCUUUGAACGAAUUAGAGAGUCAAGUAUCGCACUCAUCAUCUUCUCAGACAAGUACCCUGAGUCACGCUGGUGCUUAGACGAGCUAGUUGAGAUCAAGAAGCAAAUGGACACAGGAUCUAUUGUUCCCUUUCCAAUAUUCUACAAAGUGAAAGCUGAGUCUGUCAAGUACCAGACUGGUCACUUUCGUAAUGUUCUCCUCAAGACUGAGGAUGACGUUCGCAAAAAGGUUGAUAGGAGAAACAUCAGGUCAAUUCUUGAAACAGAGGAUAUGAUUUGGGGUUGGAGGCAAGCUUUAGUCUCUGUUGGCGGAAGAAUGGGGUUUUCUUAUAAUCAUAAAUGUGACAACGAUUUCGUUAAUGAUAUUGUGGUCCAGGUCAAGAAAAUGUUAGCCGAUUUAUCUCCAACUCCAAGAAAUGGUCUCAAAAUCAUAGAGAGGCCUCAGGAAGAAGUGACGUCCUUGUUGCAAGCUCUAAACCUGAAGAAAUCUGAUCUUGAAGAUCUUAUUCAUACCAAUGGCGUCGUUUCCCAGGGCACUGAUCGUCUGGUGUUUCUUGACCUGAUCUCUCUUCAGAAUCCUAUCCUUGCUCAGCGAUUAAUCGAGCUAGUUCAAGCUGGAAGGAUUCUCUUGGUGUUGUUAGGUUCUCUAGAAUACUACAAUAAUGGUUUUGAUUUCAAGCGUCUCUUUCUGCCCAAGAAAUCUCAACAAUUGCCUGGUAACACAGCUGUGGCAGAGAGUAAUGACAAUCUUCGUAAUCGUGAAGUUAGCUACACUGAUGCUGUUUUGACCUGCUUUUCAUUCUUAUGUAACAUACUGAACCGUAGUGAAAUGAAAAUCGACCCUCCAGCUCGAAGAGUGUUCAUCAGUCUUGGAGAAAAGCAUCUCGGAAAAUUCCUAGUGAACUCUCUGAAAGAAGAAUUGGAGUCGAACCAAAUAUUAGUGUAUGCAGAGGAUGAGACGAAGAGCAGGAUCAAGGAGUCAGGGGUUGCAGUAGUGGUCUUCUCAAAUAAGUACCCUAAGUCAGAAAAGUGUCUUGAUGAGCUCGUUGAGAUCAAGAAACUUAUGGACGCAGGGAAAAUCGAUCCCUUGCCUGUUUUUUACAGCUUAAAGGUUGAACCAGUUAAGAAGCUCAAGGGAUGUUUCCUUAAUAGGCUUCUCAAGAUAGAGAAUGAAGUGCGUAAGAACAUCAAGACGAGAGAUGAUAAGUCUAUACUUGAUACUGAAGCUAAAAUCUGGGGAUGGAGAGAUGCUCUCUCGUCCAUUGCCUCAAGACCGGGUCUGAGCUAUGAACUUAGCACUGAUGACGUGUUCGUUAGUGAUAUUGUGACCAAGGUCAAUGAACUAUUUGCCUCUAGGGAGAGAAAGAAGACAGAAGCAGAAACAACAGUAGUCAAAUCCCUUGAUGAUGACUUAUUCUAUUCCCGAACUUCAUUCUUACAAGCUAUAGACCGUGACAAUGCAGAUUUUGAAAGCUUCACAGAUAUCCCCCAUGGUCUUGUACUUCUGAGGCUUAAAGGACACACUAAUCUAGUGUUCCUCAAACUGAGUUCUCAUGAAAAUUUGGUCCGAUUUCAGCGUUCUGACUCAUCCAAAUUCUUUACAGAGGUAUUAUUACCCUUGCAGGGUUUUGCUUUGAAUCCUUCUGGUGUCAUCAGAUUUAGAGAUCCUUCCCUGGCCUUGGCAUUAGAGUCCAAUCAAUCUCAACAAUGAUGAUACAAUUUUGGUAGAAACACAUGUUUUGAGAUGGAUUCAGUUGGAGACAGGACGCUCAAAGAGCACUUCUUCUGUGCUUACUUGGUUAUCAAGUUAAACUUCUGUUUUGUUUUUUUCACACAAUCAAUAAAUAUGUACGUGUAUUUAAGGAAUUUUUGGUUUUUCUUUUCCCUUGAACGCCUUUGUUUGUUAUUCAAUAAAAUUGGUCGCAUUUGAUAACACAUUUACUUAUAAGCCAAGAAGAACAGAGAUUUGUGUA